GUGUAGUCAGGGCAAGUGCAAUAACUGCUGCAAUACAAAUACCUUCAAAUAAGGCGAAAUUUAUUGACUAAUUAAGUUAUUGUAGGAUAUUUUUUAUACCUAGAUUGCCAGUUAAUUGAAUAGCCAUGCCGGACGUUGAACACUUGCAUAUUGAAGAUGCUUUGGAAGACAGUCCCCAGACACGUCAUCUAUUGACAGUGUUUGAAAAGGAUGCAAUGCUCUUAAAGAAGUUUACACAGAACAUGCACAAUUGCUGCCAACGCAUAAUGAGUGCCCAGAAUGAAUUAUGUGCAGCAACUCAGUCAUUAGCACAACAUUUAAGAUCUUUUGGAGUCCAGAAAUUUCCCCUGGAAUCUGAAGACAGCGUGUUAUCAUCCACUUUACUGCAAUUUUCAACAUUUCUGGAUGAUAUUAGUUCUGUUCAGCAAGUUUUGGCUCAGCAGUUUUCUGAAACUAUGAUGUAUCCUCUAAAUAAAUUCUUGCAAGCAGAUAUUGAAGAGAUCAGUACUAUGUAUGAAAUGUUUAAAAUUGCGACUAACGAGCAUGAACAAAGCUUAGCUAAAUAUAUGAAACAACCAAUGAAAAAAGACGACAAGUCAAGGGUUGAGGUUAACGAGGAACUUUAUGCCAACAGAAAAAAGUUCCAUCAAACAGCUCUUCAUUAUUACUCUUCUCUGAAUGCCCUUCAGUAUAAAAGGAAGUGUUUCCUUUUAGAACCAGUUAUGGGCUAUCUGCAUGCUCAGAGAGCAUGUUUUCAAAUGGGACAGGACAUUAUUCUAAGAGCGGAUGUUGAAGAGUUUUUGGGAAACAUCGGCAGUAGUGUUCAAGGAGUUCACUCAGAUUUGGCUAAAGAAACUCAGAAAACAGUGGAGCUAAUAGAAAAUAUAGAAAAACAGAGCCAGCACAUGUACCAUGCAGAGCCUCCAGCUGACAUGCCUUUCAUCCCACCUAACACAAACCUAACUCAGAAAGCUGGAUAUUUGUUCUGUAGAGGCAAGCAAGUUUUAUUGACUACAAGAUGGGAUCGAAUGUAUUUUUUUACUCAAGGAGGAAAUUUGAUGAGCCAGACUAAAGAAGAGGUUCAUAAAAAUCCCCAAUUUGCUGGGAGUUUGGUUAUGGAUUUGAAUGAAGAAGGUGUGCUGGUAGAGUCUUGUGUUGCUGAUGAGAGGAGACACACAUUUCAACUAGUGGCACCUAUCUCUAAAAAGACUGUAGUUCUUCAGGCUGAGAACUAUAGAGAGAGAGAUGAGUGGAUAGCAACUUUAAAUAACAUUAUUCGUGAUGGUGGCUAUAUGAAAGGCAAGCCAGCUUCAGCUAAAAAGAAGGAACCUCCAAGGAAACUGAGCAAUAGUCAGUCUUCAGACAGUACUUCAGGAACUGGUGCUCAAACUCCAGUUGGCUCCAACCAGGUUAGUGUACCAACAAGCAUUUCAGCCCCUGGUGCUGCUGACACACUCAUCUUGGACACCCCCAUCCAGUUUGAUUUGGUCACACCCGGUGAAGAAAACAGGGCUAUAACCUCACCUCAGUCAGGCCCACCAAAGCGUUUGAAUCCAUUUGACCAGUCAUCUGCUAUUGUUCUGAAUCCAGCCUUUGACAACGCUGCAUUUUCUGAGACUUUUAGUACCAGGUUUUUGGGUUCUAUGGAGGUGAAAGGAGACAGAGGCGAACAAUUAGUGCACUCUACUAUCAGGCAGAUAAUGGCAGCUAGAGCAAUCCAUAACAUUUUCAAGAUGACUGAAUCACUCAUGGUUGUGUCUAGUGAAGGCAUGAGACUUAUUGAUCCUUCCAAUAAUGUUAUCCGAGUUGAGUUUGCUCUGCAGGAUAUAUCUUUUUGGUCUGCUCACCCAGAUAAUAACAGAUUGUUUGGAUUUAUUACUCGGAACAGAGUAAUGACAAAUCCACCAGAGACGAAGUCAGCUGAAGGGGAUAAAAAUCCAGUACCCACAUUUGCAUGUCAUGUGUUUGAAAGCAACACAACUGCUGAAGAUAUUUGCCAGGCUAUAAGUACUGCCACCAAAGUUGCAUAUCAAGCACUGAUGGAGAAAAGGAAGGGAGUAACAACAACAACCACCCCUAAACCAAAGGCUGUGAUCAAUGAAAAAAACCUUCUUCUGAAGAACAUACAGAGUUUGCCUGAAGAUUGUGGAGUGAAAAAUAACAAAUAUGGGAUAGAUGAAGUGGACAGCAUACAAGAUACUUUGGAUGAUGAUCUAAGUGCACGUCUGCCUCUAAGCCCAGAUGGGAAAUUCUUAAUUUUGACAGCCAUUGAUGAGCCGCCAUCACCAACUCUGACGUCUCCUGUUUCCAGCCUAAAGCAGUCUGAGGAUUCUACUGGGGCAGAGGCAGAAGAAAGUGAAUCUGAAGCCUAAAAUCUUCCAACAGAGGAUACCAUGUGAUACAACUUUUUCUACUUUCUCUAGGGGUGUUAGAAAGGUUAUCAUUUUCAUAGAAAGUUAUUGUUUCAAACAGUAAAACAUUUUGUUUUUAUUUUAUGUGGAUGAGUAUGGUUUAAAACUUGUGAACAUAAAGUUGUGGAAUCUAUGUUCACUCUUUUAAAGAUGUAUAUACUAGAAGUCAUAAUGUAAUUUUACAAAAUAGUGUACUAGAAAUGGUGAAUUUUAUUUUUACGGCUACCACUUUUGUUGCUUGUAAAUGUAGAAUAGCUUUUAAUUUGCUUUUAGGGAAAGGAUCAUUGCUUUUAUAUUGUCCAUUUUGAAUUGUUAACAUUUAAUACAAGUCCCACAUGUUAAAACAGUUUAAUUUACUAUCUUCAUAUUGUAGCACUUUACUGUAAGAAGUACUGUGCAGCAUUUAAAACAAUGUUAUGUUCUUUAGCAAUAGAUGUGGCGUGUUUUUGUAGUGUUUGGCCUGCUGAGCCUUGAAAUAUUUUUUACUCAUAUAGUCUUUCAUCUUUGGUUUUUCUUUUUUACAUUUUAUUUUGAACUGCAUUAAUUUCUGUUGUAUGCAAUUAUACAUACCCUAUGUUAUUUUAAAAGAAAAUUUGAUCAGACAUAGCAUUAUUUUACUUUGUGUCCUGGUUCACUGUUUGACUUACUAGUAUUUCGUUCACUGACUUGAUUCUGUGAAAUUAUAACUUAUACUGUGUGAUGACACCAAGUUUAAAGUUUGACUUGAGAUUGCACAAACAUUUAAUAAGGCUGAACUAGAGAGUGAACUUCAACAAUGUAAAAUUGAUUGAAAAGUCAGUUGUAAAUCUGGUCAUAGUGUAGAUAAAGAAUAAUGUACACUUCCUUUUUUAAAACUGAAUUUUAAAGUUUGUUUUACUAAAGUUUGUGCUGAUUAUGAGUUGUUCAGUAUAAGACUAUAAAUGGCUUGAGGGUGUGCAGCGUGUGAUAAGGUUUGUCUCUUUAUUUAUACUCAUGUUGAUGUAACAUUUCAAGAACAAAUGCUUAAUUCCUUAAGAUUUUUUGUGAGCUAUUGCCACUAUCCAGUUCAUUAAAAGCAAAAAAGAUUGAAUUUUUAAAUAUUUUUUUUUAAUGUACAGUCUGUUAAUAAUUUUUUUUAUUUGCACAAGUAUUUCUAGCUCAAUUUGACUGUGACUUAAAAUUUUAUAUAAAUUUUUUUCAUUAAGGUGAUUACAGAAUUUUCUUAUUUAUUCCUAUUUUAACACAACUUUGAUAAAAAAUGAUUUUUUUUGUAAGCUCCAAUAUGUAUAUAACCAACUAAAACACGUCAUAUUCAUUUCCAACUAUAUGUAUAUUUGGUACUUGUGUAAAAAUAUAUAUAUUAAAUUAAAAAUAUAAUUCAAGCAUUAAAAACAAGCUGAAUUUUUAGUUUCACCAGUUCAACUGAUAUUUUCAUGGAAUUUAAUUUAAUUCUUUUGGAUAAUUAAGCUGCCAGAUUUAUUAUAACUUUGCUGCCAAGAGAACUAGUUUUAGUAUGAAUGCUAGAAGUAUGUACUUGAAAAUAUCUUUCUUUGGAUAUGCUAACAGUAUUUAUUUAUUUGUUUGAUGCUGAUUUUAAUCAUAUGUAAAAGGUUUUAAGUUAUGUCUUUUACUGGGAUGGAAUUUUUAUGUGCUUUAGAGUUGCUUGAAUAACAUUCUAUAAUAAUGGUAGCUGGUUCAUGGUUAAUAUAAUUUUUUCAAAUGUAAAAAUCUUAAAGAAUAAUUUAAGUAAUAAUUGUGCUUACUAAACUAUUUAUAUGAAUAUAAAAGUGCACUCAAUUAAAGCAAUCUAAAGAAAUUGAAUUUUUUUUUCAUUGUUUAAUAUUUAUUAUUAUUAUUUAUUGUAUUUGUUUUAGUUAAGAAAAAAAUAAUGUCUUAUAGAUUGUCGUAUAUAAUGUCUUAUAGAAUUUGAUUAAUAAAGUAAAAUGUUGUUUGCAGAAAUUAUUAUAAUGCUAAUCAUGUGCCAAACAAGAUUAAAACAUGUGUAUUCUUUUUUUUAUAAACCAAAAGAAGUUACAUUAAGGUUCAUUUAGCUACAUUUACAAUUAAGUAUAAGUAUUAGAUUGUAGGGAAAGAGUUUUCAUUUCAAUUAGUUGUCCAUAAAUUUAUUGUUGUAUUCAUGAUUAUGCAAACUUACUAAAAUCCUUCUGUCAGUUGUUAAUUAUUGAACAUAACAGUGGUUGUGUCUGUUACUGUGUAGCCUCACACUAUGAUGUUUUUAUUAAGAUAGCCUUAAAUUGUAUGUAUACAAUAGUGUUAAGAAAUAUUUUAAGUGUGACAUGAUUUUUUAAUAAUAAUUCAUGUACAGUACAGUAAUAGAGAUUGCAUUGAACCACAAUUGUUGUUUUAAAUUGUUUGCUCUACACUUAUUUGGGAAAACCCAAUAGAAAUAAAGGAAACAAGAGGCUAUUUAAGUUUCAAAAGGUUAUUUAUAAGAAUAUUUUUAAAAAUAUUUCUAUUUAACUGAUGAAAGAUUUUUCAGUCCAUUUUUAUUUUGUAAAAAGUUAUAGAUUGCUUUAAAAUAUCCAUAGAUUCAAAUAUUAAAAUGGACAUCUGUCACUUUUUAAUUUUAUUACUGUAUUAGAAGGAAAAAGGAUUAAAAUAUAGUGUAGAUCCUGUAAUAUUAUGUUGUUAGAUUGUUAAUAGAAUGAUAAUUGUCACUGGUUUCAUUAGCCUAUGCAUUAUAAUGAUUGCUAGUGAAUGAUUUAGCUAAACAAUAAAUUGAAAACAACU